GUUCCCGCCGUCGAUCUCACGAUCUCGUUCGCCUCUUGCAUGCAGGGCUGGCACUACCGCUGCCUUGGCGUUGACCCGUGAAGAUCCGAUCCGGCGUUUUUUUUUCCCUGAUAAUUUGAGCGAUUUGAGAGAUCGUUGAUUCGUUAGUUUUGUGAUUCCCCUAAUGGCGAUGCAUUCAUCAUCAUCUGCGAAGGAGAAGAAGGGAGUGGGGAGGUUUUUGGUGACGAUUACUGUUAAUGGAAGCAGUGGACCGAUUCGGUUCCCUGUGAGCGGGGAGGAGCUUGUUGGUGCCGUGAUUCAUAGGGCUUUGAAGAAGUACUCGCAGGAGGGGAGGUUGCCGGUUCUGGGAUCGGACCUCAAUAAGCUUAGUCUUCGAUGCGUGAAUUCUGGAUAUGAUGUUUUGAGCCCUUGGGAACAGAUUGGGUUGUGCGGGAGCCGGAACUUUAUACUGUGCAAGGAGGAGAAAGAGGGGAAGGAAGAGGAGCAUGGGAAGGGUGGGGAGAGGGUCCUUGGAAGGAAGGGGAGCGGGAGCUGGAAGGCACUGAUCAAAACACUGGGGUUUAUGAUCCCUUCUCACUGAGAUUAUCCUCUUCUUUGAGGCUGAUGAUGAAUGGUAUCUCUUAUUUAUAGGCUGGUCUUUUGUUUUUACUAUGUUCUAGUUCCCUUUGGCAUUGGUGAUGGAUCACCAUAGUGGAGAUGAUGAUCAUAAUUAUGGGAAUGUUAUGUUAUUUAACUGCUUUAUCUUUAUAAUAAAUUAAGAACCAGCCAAUCACAUAUUUGGAA